AUGAGGAUCUCUUGCAAGUUCCCAGGCUACAGUGUCACCUACAAGAUCAAUGAAAACAACAAUUAUCCACACUACUUGGCUUUAAGUGUUUUAUACGUAAGCGGCCACAACGAAACCACAGCAGUUGAAUUGUGGCAGGAGGAUACCAAACAAUGGAAGCCCAAGCGUAGAGCCUAUGGGGCAGUGUGGGACAUGAAAAAUCCACCAAGUGGAUCGAUCACCUUGAGGUUCCAAGCUACAACCAGUUCAGGGUAUGCUUAUUCGCUUUCUGAAAUCCCUUCAGACAAGCUACACCGAGAUCCCAUCGAAUCACGAUCUAAUCUUCCACCAGAUCCACUUUCAGCUGCAACUACCUCAGUAAAACUACUCCUUGUACCUAAACUGAAACUCCAAGAAAAAAACCAGACCAAAAAUACCAAGAUAAAGAUGAUAUAG